CUAUUCGUGUCUGUUAAGUUUCUUUGUAAACUCCUGGAACAACAUCCACCACGGGGACGAUCGUAUUAUACUGUAAUAACUACUGGAAUACGUUUUUUUUAUCUUCUUCUCCCAGCAGACAUGGCAGCAGCUGCAACUAUUGCACAUCAGAAUGUGGUGGAGAGGGUGACCCGCCUUCCUCUGGUGAGCUCCACCUACUGCCUGGUGUCCAGCGUGUACUCCAACACCAAGGACAGCCACCCUUACAUCCGGACCUUGUGCGAGGUGGCGGAGCAAGGCGUCCGGACCAUCACCCACGUGGCCCUCGCCAGUGCGUCCCCCAUCAUCGACAAGCUGGAGCCUCAGAUUUCCAUCGCCAACCACCUGGCCUGCAAAGGUCUGGACAAGAUUGAGAAAACCUUGCCGAUGCUUCAGCAGCCGCCUGAGCAGAUUAUCUCCAGCGCCAAGGAAGUGGUGUCAUGCACCGUGUCCGGUGCCAGGGACACGGUCUCCGACACUCUGACCAGCGUGGUGGACAAGACCCGGGCCGUGCUCAGCGGGAGCGUCAGCACAGUGCUGGACAGCAGAGUGGGCCGGCUGGUGAGCAGCGGCGUGGACACGGCGCUCAGUACUUCGGAGAGUCUGGUGGAGCAGUACCUGCCUUUGACGGAGGACGAGCUCGAGCUGGAGGUAAAAACUGUGAAAGGCUUCGACAACAAAGAGCCAAACUACUACGUCCGCCUGGGCUCCCUCUCCAGCAAGCUGCGCACGCGGGCCUACAGCAGGGCUGUGGCCAGAGUCAGAGAGGGCAAGCAGCGCAGCGUGAGCUUCAUCUCGGAGCUGAACUCCACCGUGGAGCUGAUUGAAUAUGGCAGAAAGAACAUCGACGUGGCCAACAAGAUGGUAAACGGCAAGCUGACCUCCCUGGUGGCGUGGAGGGCCAAUAGUCCACACCAGGAGCCCGGACAGGAGGCACAGGUCAUCGACCAUCGCACCUUGACCUUGGCACGCUCCCUCACGCAGCAGCUCCAGACCACCUGCCUGGGCCUCGUCGCCAGCCUGCAGGGGCUCCCCAACCACGUCCAGCGGGAGGUGCUCGCCCUCAGCCGCUCCGCCACGCACAUCUACUCCGGGUUCCACAAGGCCGCCGCGCUGGGAAACCUGCCAGACAGCGUGCUGACCGGCAGCAAAGUCCAGCUGGGCAGAAUCAAGGACUCCCUCGACCACGUCAUGGACUACCUGGUCAACAACACGCCGCUCAACUGGCUGGUCGGCCCCUUCUACCCCCGGAUGGCCCCGCAGCUGGACCACGCCGCCAGCAGCACGCCGGCGUGGUCCUCCAGCUGCCCCGCCGCCCAGUCGCAGCGAGAGGAGCCCAUGGAGGUGGAGAUGGAGACGCUUCACUCCCAGCAGCAGGAGGGAGGAACCGAUCCCUCCUGGUAGACGCCGCUUUAAGACUUUCUUGCUGAAAUGCUCGCCAAUCUAUAGAAACCUGUAGUCCUGUGUUUUCUACAUAACUACUGGAAUAAAAGUCAAUACAGUUA